AUGGCAUGCAGUCCAAGCAUGACAGUUUAUAAUGAGCGAGUUGCUUUUGCUGAUUGCACCUCGCCCACGACCGGCACGGCUACACUUUCGCCUAGCGAUGUCGACGCCAUUGUGGGUGCUUUCAAUAGUCUCCUCAAGCCCCACGGCUUUCAGGUGCAUCCGUUCCUCGUCGGCUGGUACAACGAAUUCUGCUCACCACGUCUGCAGCUUUCCGGCUGCCCUCCAGACCAGUUAGCUCUCUGCAUCAUCAGCACGCCAGACAUGUUUGAGCGCAACUUUUUGCCCCAUGUUUUCGAGUGUCUCUCUUCUGCGCCAAAUCUGACAGCUGCCUACGAGCAGUUUGAUUGGCCCAAACAGUUCUCGCCCCUGGAUCCCCUCGACCGUUCUGUCUAUCUGCGUAUCAGACAUGCAACGCGCACCUUUUCCGACCACCUCCCCCUCGAUGAACAUCACCACUUCGAGGGUGUAAUAGAACAAAUUAAAAGGUGUCAUUGGCUGCCAGACUAUGCCCUUAGACCCGUAACAAGGAUGCCACUGGUGUAUGUCAAUGCUGCGGGUCACGCUUCUGGUGUUGCCUACUUCCACAGCCCAAGUGAGGCUGGGGAAGUCGGAGUCAGAGAAAGUAGCGAGGUCGCUGCUCUCGGAGUAAGUACACCUCAUCGGCUUGUUGGCUGUUCGCUACAUCCGUACCACGGUGGCUGGUUCGGCUUCCGGUGA